GCAGCCUCCAUGGAUAAUAUUGGAUCCUCAGCUAUGCUGUUUGGUAUGAGAUGCAUUUGGGAAAGCAUGCACCCAAAUUCACGACAAUUAUAUAAAUUUUUUGACACCGAACAUCUUUCUAUUGGCAAUGAUGAAAGUAAAAACUAUACGGUGGAUCUUAUAGCCAAAUGGAUGAUGACUAUGGAUAGACGAGGCCAAAUAUAUUUCAUUCCUUGGAUUGUUGAUCGACAUUGGAUGUUGGUGCUCGUGAUGAUGCGGGGGAUGACCAUAAUUUUGGACCCUUUAAAAAAUCAUAAAUCUCCACCAAUAAUUACGGAGGUUAUGGAAAAAGCAUACGCACAAUGUUUGAAAAAUGAAUACAUCGGCACAUUUACAAAAUUGGUGAGAGGUUCUUGUCCAAAACAACCUGAAAGUCAUGAAUGUGGUUAUUAUGUACUAAGAUACAUUUAUGAUCUUGUAAAUGCACCGAAUCCAGCAGAAGUUAUCAAGAAGAAAUGGUUUGACAAAAAGAAAUUCAAUGUCAAAGAGGAUCUACUACCACUAAAAAGUGAUUGGUUAGCUAGAUUAAUGCCAUUUGUUUAUGAAAUCUAAAUUUUUGUAUGUAUGUAAGAUUAAAGUGCUA